AAGUUUUUGCGCGACCGCGUGCCCGUCGUGGCCAUCGAGGUGGUUGGCGACAGCGCCAUUGAGCGACUUCCCAAGGUCGCAGCGACCGUCCAAGGCCGCUUCAACCACCCGCUCGAAGUCGCUGCGUCCGCCUUGGAGGCGCAACAGCUCCACGACCAGUACGUCGAGAAGCCGUGGCCGUCGCCCGCGACGUUUGCCAACUGUACGUGUUGCGUGAUCCAGCCGCAUGUGCUCAAGGAGGGCCACGUCGGGUCUGUCAUCGAUGCCAUCCUCGAAUGCGGUCUCUCCAUCUCGGCCAUGGAGCUCUUCCGCCUCGACCGCACGUCCGCGUCCGAGUUUUUCGAGCUCUACGACGGCGUGGUACCGCACUUUAACGAAGCCGUCGACCACCUGACGAGCGGGCCGUGCAUCGCGCUCGAGCUGCAGGGCUCGGGCGAAGUGCAGCGCUUUCGAGAGAUUGCAGGUCCGUGGGACAUUGACAUGGCGCGGGAGCUCAAGCCGAGCACGAUCCGAGCUCGGUUUGGCGUCGACCGUGUCCAGAACGCGGUGCACUGCACCGACUUGCCCGAGGACGGCGCGCUCGAGUCGCAGUACUUUUUUGACAUCCUGGCCCGCAAAUGA